GGCACCCCUUGAAUACGAGUCCCUAUUCAAGAGCCUAUUAAAAAACAUAAACAAGUAAAAAUGGGGUCUUUAGAAAAGAAUAAAAAGUUGGGUGUCCUUGGCAUCGCUUCCAUCCUCUUCCUGGCUUUCGUGGUGGCUGCCACCGCCACUGCCACCGAGUCCGGCAGCGAGUCCGCGGGUUCCGGUGCCGAGUCAUGUCCCAGUGGCGGUUCCGGUACCGGUGCGGAGUCAUGUCCCAGUAGCGGUGCGGAAUCUGGGUCUGUGUCUGGGCCUGGGUCUGCUGGGUCGUGCGCCGCUGGUGAUACAAAUAAGGAGACCUGCGUAGAGAAGAACCCGGAGGGUAACGCCGUUAAUAAGAUGAGCACACACGAGGUUAUGAGGGCGGCGUUCUCGCUGGACAGCAUAGCGGACGCGAUUGGGAAAUCGGAGCAUUUGCAGCAGUCCGUGAAAUCUCUUUGCCAGUCGACCGAUUUCAAGGAGCUGUGCGAGAAGAGCCUGGCUAGAGCUAAUCACUCACAUGACCCGCGGAAGCUUAUGAACGCGGCGUUCUCGGUGGCGUGGGAGAAUCUCGCCGAAACCGUUUCCCAUUCUGAGCUUCUGAAGAGGGCGGACAAGGACCCCAGGACCCACGAAGCACUGGACAUAUGCAAGGAGGUGCUAGACCACUCCAUUGAAGAUCUCAAGAGAUCUUCUCACAAGGUUGAGGAAUCUACUACCAUCAACGCCGAACACGGUAACGACCUCAAGGUUUGGCUCAGCGCCGCCAUCACUUUCGAACAGACCUGCCUGGAUGCCUUCGAGAACACCACCGGCGAUACCGGCGAGAAAAUGAAGCACCUCCUUAAAACCGCCAUGGAGCUCACCAGCAACGGCCUGGCUAUGGUCACUAAGCUCACCGACUUCCUUAAGACCUUGGAAAUCCCUGGGUUCAGUCGUAGGUUGUUAGAAGAUCAAGAAGCAGCUGAAAGUCCUGAAAACAUAGACUCCGAUGAUGAAGUAUUUCCUCAAUUCGUAGACCCCCCCACCCGCCACCUCCUACGUGCGCACCCGCACUCCAUUAGAGCCGACAUUGUGGUUGCCAAGGACGGAAGUGGGAAAUUUAAGACCAUCAACAGCGCUCUGGCCUCCAUCCCGCCCAAAAACACCCGCCAAAUUAUAAUCUUCAUCAAGGCCGGCGUGUACAAAGAAUACGUGCUUGUUCCUAGGAAGAUGAACAACAUUGUUUUCCUGGGAGAGCACCCCACCAAAGUGGUGAUCACCGGAAACAAGAAUUUCAUCGACGGGGUCGGCACUUAUAAGACCGCCACGGUGGCAGUAGAAGGAGACGGGUUCGUUUGCCGGGACCUUACAAUCGAGAACAGAGCCGGGGCAGCCAAGCACCAAGCCGUGGCCCUUCGGGUUUCAGCCGACAUGGCCGUGAUCCAUAACUGCCACAUCGACGCCUACCAAGACACCCUCUACACCCACUCCUACCGCCAGUUCUACCGCGCCUGCACCAUCACCGGCACCAUCGACUUCAUCUUCGGGGAUGCCGCGGCCGUCUUCCAGACCUGCAAGAUGAUCGUGAGGAAGCCAAUGGAGAAUCAGGCCUGCAUGGUGACCGCCCAAGGUAGAAAGGACCGCCGAGGGGUCGGCGGGACUGUCCUCCAAAACUGCUCCAUCCUCCCUGAUCCCGCCCUCAGGGCCACCCACCCACCCGUCAAGGUCUACCUCGGGAGGCCAUGGAAGGAGUACUCCAGGACAAUCAUCAUGUCAUCUUUCAUUGACGGUUUCAUCGCCCCAGAAGGUUGGUCUCCAUGGGAGGGCAACUUUGCUCUGAAUACCCUUUGGUACGCGGAGUAUAAAAACCGCGGCCCAGGAGCUAAUACCGCUAGAAGGGUGAACUGGAAGGGUAUCCAGAAGAACAUUUCUCCACAGACUGCUAGGCAGUUUACUCCUGGAGUGUACCUUGAGGGUGAUGCGUGGAUCAGGCGCGGCCAUAUCCCCUAUUUCUCUGGAUGGAUAUAAGCGGCCCGGCCAGGUGACUCUACAACACAGCUAUCAUGAGAAAACGAUAACCCCGAGCAAGGAUUUCAUCCUACUCAACCUACUUUUACUAUAACUAUUAAGUAGCUAGAUAGAGGAAUAUUAGGAGGGUUUCCAUGUGAAAACCUGAGCAAAUAUCUUCUUCAACCAUGCAUGGAAGAAGAGUAUAGUUGAAAGAUUACAUUAUUUUUGAACCACAAUAUAAAAAUGUUGUUUCAAUUUA